AUGGGACUAAGCUCACGCGUGGUUCAAGUUUGGUUUCAAAACCAACGAGCAAAGGUGAGUAAGGAAAAGCCACCUUUAUUCUGACAAUGCCAGCUCUAACAGUUACUUUGACCGCGUAAAAGGUUUAUUUAAAAUGAAAGCAAGUCUGAGAAAGUCUUACUUUUGAGAAGGAAUCAGACUUUGUAGUGAUAGCUCAAGAGCCGUCUACAAUUAUCCAACAUGAACACCAAAUCGAGGGUGUUCCGGACAUUCGCAAUUACUCCACGCAGUGGAUCUGAGACCUAGCGGGGUUACAAGUUAACGCAUAUAGCUUAUAAAGUGGGGAUGAAAUGAUCCAUAUGCUUGCGCCGACCAGGUUCCAUUCUCCUGAUCUGUGCGGCCUCCAUAUUAUGCAGUGAGGGAAGUGCGAUGAGAACCGAAUUCGUAGAUUUAUGAAUGAGAUUUCGGUGAAUAAAAGCAAGGGAAAUUGGCAGCUACAUUAGCUGAACACGUGUGAAAGUUGCCCAUCCUUGAGAAACUGCAAUCCACCCCGCCUCCCUUACAGAACACCGACUCGACAGUUUAUAUCGCGCUACACGAGAGAAGACCUCCGAGCUUUCGUUUCCACGGUCACGACUCACACCCUGUGCUGGCUAAACAGUCUGUACUCUGUGAAGUAAAUAUGCCAUGCGCCUACAACUGCGUUAUUUCAUAUACCUGCCAUUGCCACGACAGUUAUCAGCCGUUCAGAUCACACUCCGUUUUAUAAACCCGCACCUGUUGGAUCCCAGUUAGUUUUUUCUUGUCUUCUCUUUAUAUUUACUGUUCAGUGGCUGAAUGGCCUGUCCUGACCCUAAAAUUUGCCAAUCCUCAGUCGGCGGUCCGGAUUCAACUUAAAAUUAAGUCUGAGGGUCGUCUCCGAACACCUUAAGCUCAGCAAAUUCUGCAUUUGUCAUAAAACACGCAUACAUUUUAGGACCACAUUUUCGCCUCAUUGGCGUUUUUAGACAGUUCAGUGGACUUCCGACCUUUCUGAAGUUGUGUUUAUUUGUGAUAUCGACGUUGCGGUUGAAUUUUACUUGCAUCAACAAUAGCAGACUGGGCGUUUUGGAGCACUUGUUACCGUGUUUGUUUCUGCAAACCAAUGCUACUUUCGGCAAACAUAUUUCUAGAAACCCUACAUUAUUCACAUAUGGGCCCGUGACAAAAGCUUCGUUUGGAAGAAUUCCCUCCGGUAGUGAAAGCCUGACUGUCCGAGAAAAAGUAGCAUUGCAAGUUAUUUGAAAGAUUUGGCAUGAACUGUUCAAAGUGAGAACUAACUGAGUAUUUGAACUGUAAGGCUCCAGCAGACAAGAAAUGGAAAGAACAGAAACCUGUAGAUCCAGAAAGACUGCAGACGAAAUCCCAGUGCAGAGCACUGCUUAAUUUGUUAAAAAGUAUUUAAUUGUACUUACGAGUGGUCAUGUGAGACCACACGCCCUAGUUAACCGACAGCAUUUACACAUUAUGCGUCUGCAGAGGAAGAUUCGAUCACUGGGCCACACAUUCCAUCCGCCUGAUGUUUGAUGUUCACUCUCGAACCCAUCAUCAAGGACGGCAACAAACAAAGGCAGCGGACGGAUAGGCACUGCAGCAAAUGAGGAAUUUCCGUGGUUUUCGCGCAGCAUAAGACCUCGCACAUCUAAAUUAGACUUCAUAUCUCCCCAACACAAUUAUCUGAGAAAAUUAAAAAGAUACAUCUCCUGCCAUAUGUGGUCAUGUUAUAUACGAUCAUCACAUACUUAGGAUACAAAGGACGAAACCAUCGAAUUACACUUUGAAAGCAAAUAUGAAGAAAGGAACUCCUCAGACUCACUCAGAUUCAUCAACUCUCGAGGUCUCAUCUCAAAACGUACUUCAAGUUUGUCAACGAGAGAGUAAAAAACAGACACCAUAGAAAAUCAUUCUGUCAGUCUGUGAAUUAAAGUGCCUAUAAGAUGGGUCCGAAGCGAUCACCUAGAUAAGAUCACCUAGCAAAGAUCAUUUUAUGGAAUCUCGCGAUGCGUUGAUCGAUCUACGGUGUGGCAUGGUGUGCAAUGGAAAAUCGAAAGACCUCACAAAUUGUUCGAUAACUUGCCUUUCUGAUUGCAUAGGCAAAAUUCUCAUUGUGCCGUGAUUGAACACCCUUCGCCAUUUUGCGCUAAAAUAAAAGUAACUAUGCAGUUUCGGGAGGAGAAACUGCGCAACUGUCAGAAGCUUCAAGAUAUCCUCUGAAGGCUCCCCAUAGGGGUCUCCGGUUGCAUAUUUAAUUAAACCUUUGCAAGAGGACGGUGGCUCCGUUUUUGCCUAUCGUCAGUGCAACACCAGCACUAAAAUUUUCCGAAACUAGCACUUACACAGCCAGCUCCGCAUAGUGAAAAAAUGAUGUUGUUGUUGGAAUAUAAUCUUUCAAAAACCAUUUUUUGCCUUGCCUUCAGACCAAAAAGUUGGCUCGUAGGAACGCCCAGAAUUCCCAACCAAGAAGUGACUCUAUGAAGACUUGCACAACGCUGUCGGACGACUACUUUGAAAACUCGAGCUCUGAACCGGAAUGUUCCCUUUCCGGUCACUCUUCCAUCAUUGAAUCAGUCGGCACGUCUGCAGGUAAAGUGAUUCUCGUGGCAAUGAUUCAAACUUUUCUGGACUAAAUUUCAGAAGCUUUCGAAGACAAGAUAGACACGCAUAAGCAUUGCUCGAGACUGUGACUUUCCGUUGUUGGACACGAAAAUCUACGAACUGAACCAUCCUGCCAAUGUUUCACAGAUGCUAAUAGGGUCAGCCUAAACACCAAAGAGAUUGUUACUAUAGCUACGUCACUAUCCACAGAAACACUGGCUUGGAGCCUAACUGUCCGCCGGGAAAGCUUUCGGAUACAAACGGUAGAGUAGAGCGCGGCCGAUGUUGGAGAAAAAGGUCUAUUUUUAACGCAGCCCUGCGAUGACGUAAGGUUAAACCUGGUGUUGGCAAAGACGAGAGAAGGAAAUGUCCACACUCCGUUCUAAGUUGAAGACAGAACACCAGUCGCAUGUGUUUGCGUGCACACACAUCGGCCACUUAAAUAGGACUAAUUUGUGCUGACUGAGUUUAUUAAAAUCCUGAUCGAGUGGAGCACUUUACCAAGACCGUGGCAUGUGAUUCAACUCAUAGAUUUUUGUUUGUAUCUGAGCUUCUUUUGGCAGUUGUGCCUUUGGUGCGAGUGAUUAACUUUGUUUGUGUGUGGCGGACGUUAGCCAACAUGUCAUUACUUAAACGUCAUGUACCUAUGAGUACCAUCCUAGAAGAGCACUUAAAGACCUGAAUUUUCAUUUAUCUAUCCGUUGUCUGCGGUGCCAAACCCGUGGGACAUCUACAUGCCACAAAACAGUCAGUUCAAUAUGGCCCGAUAACCAAAAAGUCGAAUUUGUCCUUCUUGCCCUUGAACCUUUUCGCUCAUGUUACCCAGUAGUAUUUGCGGAUUUGUCGCCGAAAAUUUAGUCUGCUCCUAAACAAAAACGCGCCUCCCUGCAGUCCCAUCUGUCUGUCUCUAGUGAAUGAAAGAGCGCUAUCCGCGAGCUUCCGUCACUAGAUGUGUACCAGCUUGGUGAAGAAGGCAGAUGAUGACAACGAUGAGACUCAGUCCAGACCGUGGCAUGCUUUGGCAGGUAUUGCAGAGGUUUUCAGAACAGUACGACUCGGUCUCUUUGACUUAGGAGUCAACAUAUCUCCUCCAACCGCUGUUCCAAAUAUGAAACCGAGACGUCAACACCAAAGGCGAGUAACUGGAUGCUAUUCCAGACAUACUGUGCGAUAGUGGCCUUUGGAAAUAUAUGGGUAAUGCAGAGAAAGGGUCGAACUUUAAGCAGAGCAUAUAUAAACUGUCAGCAGUUCGACAAAGUAACCCAUUAUCUUUUAUUGUUGACAGUUCUACCGUCCUUGCCGACGAUGCCCACCGUGUGCUCCACACCAAGGUGAGAGUGGGCAAGGUGACUAAUGCGUGAAUUGGUUUAUAGUGGUAGUAGGUUUGUACAGUAUCUAACACUCUCUCCUCUCCUCCUCACCCGGGUCCGGUGUCAAGACACAGGCAAGUAGAUCGGAGGCGGGAAAGGGCGGAGGUGGCUGACACGACCGGACCCGCACCUAGGCGUGCCGCUCCACCCCCGGGUCCAAAACAAACAUUUGACCAGAACUUUAACAAAAAAUGGGUCAGAAAGAGGAGGAUGACACAAGUAACUGGAAAACCACGCACAUGACCCUUAUACCCAGCGGGAGCGCAAACGCAUCCGCCGGCAGGGAACCGGGUUCCAGAGAACUGCCAGCGCCCACCAAGCUGCGAGGACACAAUCCUACAAAGCAAAUACGAUGAAACGGAGAAUCGUCUUGGACGCGCCCAGGUCCUUCAGCUCCUGAAGUUCUGUCUCAGGACGUACUUCACGUUCGACGUGACAAUCUACGAACAGGUGAAGGGCACACCAAUGGGUUCGCCGAUUUCGGGAUUCAUAGCCGAGGCGGUCCUGCAACGGUUAGAGUCGCUGGUCUUCCAACACCACAAACCGACGUUCUGGGCCCGGUAUGUGGAUGAUACCUUCGUCGUUAUCGAUCGGGAUCAACUGCUGACAUUCAAGGAACGCCUGAAUGCGGUCUUCCCGGACAUACAAUUUACGAUGGAGGAGGAAGAGAACAACCAGCUGACCUUCCUGGAUGUCCUCGUAUGCCGCAAGUAUUGUCAUGGACUAAAGACCAAAGUGUUCAGGAAAGCGACAAAUACGAUGCAAGUACUGAACUUCAACAGCAACCACCCAAUCAGUCACAAACGCAGUUGUGUAAGGACGCUCUAUCGGCGUGUCGAAACGCACUGCAGUUGGCCGGAAGACAAGAUUGCUGAACUACAAUACCUCCGACGGGUAUUCAAAGCCAAUGGCUACCCGAGCAACUUUGUCAACCGGUGCAUACGCAAAAUGGACGAAAGGCCUAACCGCAGGGACACCAAAGUUUGGCGAGCGCUUCCAUAUGUCAAGAACGUUUCGGAAGCUGUUGGCCGCCUUCUCGCACCGCUGGGGGUUGGAGUUGCACACAGGCCAGAGGCAACCAUCAGGCGUCAACUGAUGAAACCAAAAGACCCACUGCCACGGCAAGAAACGUCUGAAGUCGUUUAUCGGAUCUGGUGCAGUUGCGGACAAAGGAACUACGUUGGAGAAACCGGAAGACAGCUCCGAACGCGAAUGUCCGAACACGCUGCAGCAGUGCGGGGAAAUGACGCCAGCUCUCAAGUUGCGGCUCAUUCGACCGGUUCCGUCCACACAUUCAAAUUUGACGAGGCCGAAAUUCUCGCAAGAGGUGACAACCGCGUGAGCCGGGAGCUGUUUGAGUCAUGGUUUACUAACCCCCAGUCUAUUAACAAGUACAAUGAUCUUCCCCUUCCAUACUCAAUGCUGAGACAUCGUCUAGGCGGAGUAAUUGGCCACGCGGGGAGCGCACUGAUGAACACUCUUCCCAACACCCGGGUCAGCGCGUCAGAUGAUCGAGCAGUCAUCACACCAGAAUCCAACGCACGUGAUGAAAUUGCAGCAAUUAACGACGCGAAUAUCGGCCAUCACGCCACGGGCAACGAUCCCUGA